GUGACUGAGAACAUUAUAGACUGGAUUGUUCGCUGAGUUGAGAGACUGAGUUGUAAUUGAGUGAAAAAAUAGACAACGAAAUCUUGAAGAAUUGCACUUUUAUUUUAGUGACUGUACAUAUGCCUUGUUUCCUGGGUCCGCGGGAAGCAUGAGUCUUUUGGGACUUGGGACAAGAAGAAAACAAGACUUCUUCACAAGGAAAACCAGACACUAACAAAAAGAACCCCAAGGUCUGAAGAGAGAGAACACAACCAUGGCAGACAGAGGACCUGGGGACCCGCCGAAGGACUCUCAAAAGGAUUUGGAAAAUGACCCUUCAAUAAAUUCUCAGGCACAGGAGACCACAGUCACGGCAAGUACCACCAAAGACGCUCAGAUCCUGAGCCCUGCCUCUGGUCUCAACAAGGACCACCCAGAAGUAGAAACAAUAGGUUCCGGAAGUGCAGAUACAAGUAAUCAAUCCGAAAGUCCAGAUGAAGCAAGUUAUGAGAACUAUCCAAAGGACAAAACAGAACUCAAGACCAACCAGAGUUUUCAGGAUGGCAAACUAGGGCAUCAACUCUCCUCAAAAAGUCUGAGUAAAGAAUCCUUGCAUCUUGAAAGUGUGGGUGAAGAAUCCUUGCAUCCUGAAAGUGUGGGUGAAAAGUCCUUGCAUCCUGAAAGUGUAGGGGAAAAAUCCUUGCAUCCUGAAAGUGGGGGUGAAGAAUCUUUGCAUCCAGAACCCAGCUGUGAUCCAAGUGAAGAGGUAGGAAGAGCAGAUGCACAAUUAGGGAGCAGCUCCGUAGACCUCCCUGAGGAAGCAAGCCACAGACCUGAAGCUUCACAGGAGCCACUUGCCAUAGACCCCCAGGGUGUCCGGGGUCCUGAUCAUUCCAGUGCAGGGCCGGAGAGCCAGGGUACACGGCGGCGGCGACUGGUGGAACCAGAAGCUGAAAGUCAUCAACAGGAGAUACAAACAUUAGAAGAAAAUAAAGAGGAUGCACAGGAUGCCAUAAGAAAGAGUAAUAAAAAGGAUUUUUGGAGCUAUGGCUCCAUCUUUCUUGUCUUCGUGGUGGCUCUUGUUUUGCUAAGCUCCGCCCAAAGCUACUAUUCCUCUCCAGCACAGCAGGUGCCCCCAAACCCAGCGCUGGAAGCCUUCCUGGCCCAGUUCAGCCAGCUGCAGGACACGUUUCCGGGCCAGAGCGCUUUUCUGUGGCAGAGAGGACGCAAGUUCCUCCAGAAGCACCUCAACGCUUCACACCCCACCGAGCCGGCCACCAUCAUCUUCACCGCAGCUCGAGAGGGAAGAGAGACCCUGCGGUGCCUCAGCCAUCGCGUGGCGGACGCCUACACCUCCUCCCAGAAAGUCUCUGCCAUUCAGAUCGACGGGGCGGGAAGAGCCCUGCAGGACAGUGACACCGUCAAGCUACUGGUGGACAUGGAACUGAGCUCCGGGUUCGAGGAUGGCAGGAAGGCCGCCGUGGUACACCGCUUCGAGUCCCUCCCUGCAGGCUCCACCUUGAUCUUCUACAAGUACUGCGACCACGAGAACGCGGCCUUCAAGGACGUGGCCCUCGUCCUGACCGUCCUCCUGGAGGAGGACACGCUGGCCGCCAGUGUGGGCCCCAGGGAAACGGAAGAGAAAGUGCGGGAUUUGCUCUGGGCCCGGUUUACCAACGCGAACACUCCCAGCUCCUUCAACCGCAUGGACUCGGACAAGCUGAGCGGGCUGUGGAGCCGCAUCUCGCACCUGGUGCUGCCCGUCCAGCCCGUGCGGGCCAUCGAGGAGCAGGGCUGCCGGCUCUGAGCCAGGCGGGCAGGCGGUGGAAGUGAGGGGUUUAUUAAAGGCCUUCCCUGCCUGUGGAAGGAAUGUGAGGAAAUCGCCUGAAAAGUACAAGUGGGCUUAUUUUAGGAAAAAAUCGUUGAUUUUUUACUUUUGGUAAAAUUUUUCUAAUCUAAGCUUGACAAAGCUAAAAGCUGACCUGAAUUUUUUUUUCUUUGCUUUUCAAGCAAAUCAGGUUUGAAAUAGAUAACAGAUAGGGUAUAUAUAUAUAUAACAGGAUUUUUUUUUAAAUCUAAAAAUAUAGUAGCAGAAUUAUUGCACAGGAAAAUAAUUUUCUCAGAGUAACUACAGAGUGAUUUUUGUUUUCUUGAGACUCUAAAAACCCUUUAGAAUCGUGUUUGGACUAAAGCAAUUACAGUUAUGAAGCAAGGAUAAUUUAAACAAAUUUCUAUCAUGUUAAAGAUUUAAAAAACUUACUUUAAUAGCUUUAUUGUGGAAUUACAUUUUACAGUAAUUUGCACUGUUGAAUAGUAUGGAAAAAGGAAAUUUUAUUCAAAUAUCUAAUUACUAUAUGUAAGGCACUGUGUUUUUUUUUCUGUUAGUAAGCUGAGGUAAAAGCAGUUAUACUCAAGAAAUAGUCUUAAAAAUUGGAAACAAUGGGGAAUUGGUUAUAAUCAUUGGGAAUGGAGAAAUUCUAAUUGGCUGUAUCGUUACUUCAGCUUUUAAAAAGUAUUUAGAGCAAUGAUUU